GUUUUAUCCAAGUUUUAUCUUUAAGCCUUUCGGGAACUGUUCAUGGUGAUGAAAAAGGUUCCAAAAAUGAUGUAAAUUUUAUAGUUUGACAUAAAAAACUUGAGACUCCUCAACCUCGGGAGCUAGCAUCUAGGGUCCAGUGUAGUAUGAACAUAGUUUACAUACACACAAAUACAAGUACAAUAUUAAAUUACCAAUGGUACCUCACCAACGUAACUUAACCUUCGCCUCAGUUAGUGUUUCAUCAAAUGACAACACAGAGAGCUACACCGACCGUGCAGAGUUUAUAUCAACAUAACUUCAUUUAGCUUUUAUUAUGUGUGCCGUUGUCUGAAGCCAAGUCUUAUUUUAUUUCAUUCAGUGAGAUUAUCUCUCAAAAGUGUCCUGAACAUCCAGGGGAUCCCAGUAAAGCAUUUGCUUUACACGGCAUUUACUAUCUAUCAAUACUAUAAAAAAUUCCCAGAUUAGAGAUAAUGUUUCUAGUUGGAUAAGUAUCUGGAAAGUCUUUGUGCGAACUCUGACAUGUCCGGUCAACUGUGCACAAUUAUUCCAACUGCUUGCUUUUGGUAAAUAAUGGAUGCUUUAAAUUGACAUAACAAAACCCCUUUUAAAUUCUAUAAAUAGUCUUUACAGCCCUUUAGUUCACAAGCAGUUGACACAGCUUUACUUAGCUGUGUCAUCUGCGGGAAAGUUACAAUUUCACAUGGUUUGUUUAUAAUGGCUUUGCGCCAGAGCGGUUCACUCUCCUCAUCGCGCCGGCACCUCACAGAUAUCCGCUCGCGCGUGUGACAUACCAGCCUGGAUAAGCAGGCCCUGUUGCCAUGGCGCUGUCCCCCUAAAAUAGAGGUAGAGCGGGACACUCAAGACAACAACAACUAGCAGGUGCAUUGUACAUGCAGCUGCCCUGGACCACAUAAACAGCGGAGCAAAGCUCGCCUGAGGCAGUCGGAGUAACGAGUCGGCAGAGCAGCAUCACAGAGCCUCGGGAAGCAGACCCGAGGAGAGUGCCGACCGCGUCCAGAGGUUUCGGCCUCACUUUGAAAGUGUUUUUCUGAGACAAGACGUCUGGGAGCUAUAGUCAGUUAUAAAAGAGAACGAAGCACCUAAGAGCUUAAAUAUUUGACACGCCAGGCAGAGACUGAGAGCCAAACAUGGCCAAAAUCACAGCGGAAGAAAUGCCACGGCACUUCCACAGGCUGUCGAUGAACGAGGCGGACGAGCAUGUGCGUCUACAGGCGGAGAAGGUGUAUGCCUUCGCCCUGAAAGAGAACAACAAGGACGCUCUGUCCCUAUUCAACGUGCCGGAGGACUGUCCCAUCGGCCUGCACGAGGACAGGGAGAGGGCGCUGCAGAAGGAGAUGGCCUCACUGCAGUCCCAGGAGUCCGCUAAGAAGAAGAAGAGUUUCAGGUUGAAGCGUUCGCAAACGGUGUCUUCGCAGAUACCCAGCGACGACGACUUGGUCCGCUCCGCGGGGUCCCAGCUGUCCCCGGUACUCGACUCAGACACAACAGAACCUUUGGUCAGAGAGGACUUCCCCGACUUUCAGAGAGUGACCAUCAGUGGGGAUUACUGUGCAGGGAUCACAGUCGAGGAUUAUGAGCAGGCAGCCAAAAGCCUCCUCAAGGCCUUGUUCAUCAGAGAGAAGUACUCCAGACUGGCCUACCACACCUUCCCCAGGACCACCGCCCGAUUCCUCCGAGACGCCGAAAAUGGGAAGUGGCGGGAAGAGGACGAGCUCAUGCCAGACAUCUGGCCUUUCCCUCCCAAAGAAGAGGACCCGUACUCCAUGGAGGGUAUUCCCGAGGACCUAAACUACGAGCUGCAGAUGAAGGACGGCAUAGUUAAUGUUUACGACGACGCCGAAGCCCUGGAGCAACAGCGCCCGCACAACCUCCCGUACCCCGACCUCGAGACCUUCGCCAUAGACCUGAGCCAUGUCCUUGCUAUGAUAGCCGACGGCCCGACGAAAACCUACUGUCACAGGCGUUUGAACUUCUUAGCCUCUAAAUUCUACCUCCACGAAAUGAUGAAUGAAAUGGCCGAGCUCAAAGAGCUGAAAUGUGUUCCACACAGAGACUUUUACAACGUCAGAAAGGUGGACACACACAUUCACGCUGCUGCCUGCAUGAACCAGAAGCAUCUGCUGAAGUUCAUAAAGACCACGUACCAGGAGGAGGCGGAUCGCACGGUCUUGGAGAAGGGCGGUAAGACGUUCAAGCUCAAGGAAGUCUUCCACAAACUCGACAUGGACCCCUAUGACCUCACCGUGGACUCCCUGGACGUGCACGCUGGAAGACAAACAUUUCAUCGCUUUGACAAGUUCAACUCCAAAUACAACCCGGUGGGAGCCAGCGAGCUGCGAGAGAUCUACUUGAAAUCAGACAACUACAUCAAAGGAGAUUACUUUGCACGUCUCGUCAAGGAAGUGUCCAAAGAGCUGGAGGAGAGCAAAUACCAGCACGCCGAGCCUCGGCUGUCCAUCUACGGCCGCUCCCCCGGCGAGUGGGAGAGCCUGGCGACCUGGUUCAUCCAGCACAAGGUCCACUCACCCAACAUGAGGUGGAUGAUCCAAGUUCCAAGGAUCUAUGACAUUUUCAAGUCAAAGAAACAAUUUACAAACUACGCCAAGAUGCUGCAGAACAUUUUCCUCCCACUCUUUGAGGCCACGGUUAAUCCCCGAAAGCACAAAGCAACUCAUGUGUUCCUAAAAUACGUGACUGGAUUCGACAGCGUGGAUGACGAGUCCAAACACAGCGACCACAUGUUCUCUUACAAAAGCCCAAAGCCUGAGGCGUGGACCACGGACGACAACCCCCCUUACACCUACUACUUGUUUUACAUGUACGCCAACAUCAUGGUGCUCAACAACCUGCGCAAGGAGCGAGGACUGAACACCUUCCAGUUUCGACCCCACUGCGGUGAGGCGGGCUCCGUCACCCACCUGGUCUCAGCCUUCCUCACGGCUGACAACAUCUCACAUGGACUCAACCUCAAGAAGAGUCCAGUGUUGCAGUACCUGUACUACCUGGCCCAGGUCCCGAUCGCCAUGUCCCCGCUGAGCAACAACAGCCUGUUUCUGCAGUACUCGAAGAACCCGCUACGAGAGUUCCUUCAGAAAGGCCUUUGUGUGUCGCUGUCUACUGACGACCCCAUGCAGUUCCACUACACCAAGGAGGCACUGAUGGAGGAGUAUGCCAUUGCAGCACAGCUGUGGAAGCUGAGCACCUGUGAUUUGUGUGAGAUAGCCAGAAACAGCGUCUUGCAGAGCGGACUCUCACAUCAGGAGAAGAAACGUUUUAUUGGUCCGAACUACCUCCAGGGCGGACCGCAGGGCAACGACAUUCGGCGGACCAACGUGGCGCAGAUCCGUAUGGCCUACCGCCACGAGACGCUGUGCAACGAGCUCAGCUUCCUGGUGGACGCCGUGAAGACUGAUGUUGCCACUAACCCACCUGAGUGAUUUACGACUGAAUGCGACUGAAUAUAUGACAAAACAAUGUUGGACGAAACAUGAAUUUAGAAAUUAUUAGAAAAAAAGGACUCAUUGAAUUUUCUGAACCGGCUUGUGGACAGAAUCAUUGGUGUCACUUUAUUAUCAUACUGUAUUGAAUGUUACAUCUGUGGACUUUGCCAGUCACUGCGUGCUUUGUUUAAUUGGGAGAGUUUAAUGUUUUCUUUUGACGGAUGUGAAGUGCACUUUGGAUAUAUGAAGGCUGAUUUAGUAACACAAUUAUUCAGAAGCUGAAUGAAAAAGAAUUCUAUUGAAAAGGAGUUAAAUAGCAUCGGCCACACAAACUAAAAUUUGAUCGAGGCUACUUUCGAGGCAGUGGUAAGUUAAUUCUAUAACACUUGCAUUUAUGUUACAAAGGCCUUUCUCUAUCGGAAUAUAGGUCCAAAUAAAUGGAGCUUUAAACUACUUUUGGUAAAACUCCUGCUUAACUCACAACUGUAAAAUAACAGCCUUGUCAUUUCUUUUUUUAUGAUUUUUGUCAUUUUUCAUGGACUUUUGAUAUGUAAAUAAAGGCUUCAAAACAGUCAAA